CUGUAGUUUCCUUCUCGAAAUGUGAAACAAUACACGAAGUAGCCAUUCGAUCGAAAAAGAAAGGUUCUACGUAAGGUAGUUAUCUACCUCUUAUAACUUCUAACUAAUAGGUACAAAGAACUACGAUCUACAGUCUAAAUAUAGAAGACCAAUCAGAUCAGUCAGGCUAAAAAAGGGGGCUACCGUUACCGCAUUUCAUUAAUCUACGACCAAGCUCUAGACAUCUUAGCUUCAACAACUUCAAACUCACAAGGGAAUGUUACGGAGGUAUUGUCAGUCGUAGAGUUUACUUGGUUAUUAGCUGGACGACUAUAUCCCUCAACUGAUCGUGCCAGAAACCAUGUCUUUCCAGAGGAAAUUCCAGGUGACUUCCGGAGGCGAAGAACGUGUCAGUAGGGUCGUCGAUAUACUAGGCCCAGCUUUCGAGUUCGACCCCGUAUUCAGAUUCGAGCUUCAAAACUUCUCUCUAGCCGAGCAAAAACGGAUACUACCAAAGCUCUUUCACAGCUUCUUCUUUGCCAGUGCCAUCAACGAUGGCAUGCUGCUCGAGGCGGACAACUUCGGAUCUUGUGCUAUCCUCAUGCCGCCCGGAAAGACAAACGACAACUUCUGGACCGUGCUCCGAGCCGGCAUAAUACCUAGACUCUUCACUAUUGGACCUGCUGCUUGUAAGGUGUGUGUACCAUAUCCCAAGAUGAAAGGAGGGCGUGAAUCUUAUGCCUUCAAGAGAAUCGUUUUAGACUACCCCGGGGGAAAUAAAGCCGCAAUGGCGAAAGCCCUCACGCCGGCCGAACAGAAAGCACAUUGGUACGUCUUCAUCAUGGCGACAGCAGUGGACCGUCGUCGAGAAGGGCUUGCAAGCGCGUUACUUGUGUACAUGAAGGACAAAGCCCGAAGUGACGGACGCCCGCUCUGGAUCGAGGCUACAACAGUGGAGUCUCGAGACCUUUAUGCUAAGCACGGCUUCGAGGUCGUGACCAAAGUUAAUCUUGGAAAGGGGCAAGUUGGUCCUGACGGUUUAGUGAAGAAGGAUGGCGAAGGAGUUACAGUAUGGCCGAUGGUAUGGCGUCCUGAGUAUUAG